UUGUAUAUGGCAAUGUUUCUCAGCUUCAUACGACAAAAAUAAGUAAUAAAUAAAAAGCAAAAUACAAGAUUCAAAGGACACAAAACAAAAUGCAAAAAGCACAUUGUAGAUUAACCUUUACUGCUUAAGUUUUUUUAUGUGCCACGACCUUAACGCAGCCGAUGUAUCUAAUCUCGAAAUAAUCGAAAAGGAAAUCGACUUUCGUGAAUCGAAAAUUAUCGAUAUGAAAUAGUUCAUAAAUAGCGAUAGAACUUGUAAAAUGGCGUCUCACUGAGAAGUUCACGUAGUUGUGUGCAUUCAUUGCAGGUCAUUACUAAUUGUGAUUGUUGUAAUCAUUUAGAUUAUUGGAGUUGCUGUGUGUAGUAAUUUUAUAUUGAUAAUUGUUUAUUAACUUUAUCAUGGGAACAUCAGAUUUGGAGGGUUCCGAAUGUAAAGGAGAACUUAUAGGAUUGGAUUCUGAUGCAGAUGAAAUGACUGAUCAAAGAAAGAAGAAAAGGAGAAAACAUAAACAUCAUAAGCAUAAGAAAGAAAAAUUAAUUGAAAGGGAAGACGAGCGAUUGGAUAAACAAGAAAGACGGAAGCAUAAGAAACACAAGAGACAGAAAAGAGAUAGAAAUAUAGGAAAUGGUACUGUGGAAGAGAAAUUAAUAUCUAAUGUAAUACAUAAGGAAUUUGGUAUGAAUGGAAAAACAAAAACAUCUAUAUUAGAAGUUGUCUCUACGGAAGAAAGUGAAGAUGAAAAAUUAGUUGAUCUUGAUUCAGAUGAAGUAGAUUGUACAAUCAUAGAAGAUGAUAUUGACCUUGAAGAAUUAAUGAAACAAAAAGAACGAUUGCAAGCAUGUUUAGUACAAUAUCUUUCGGAUGAAUCCGAGAAGGGUGAAAAUAAAGAGCUACAAGAAGAAGAAGAGAGAAAAAUAACCGAAACACCUGAUGUGAUACUUGUGGAAGAUGAUAGCGAUAUCGAGGCUACAUCAAAGAAACGAGGUAGAAGCAAAUCAGGCAGUAGAGAACGCAACAAGAAAGUAAUAAAAGCUGAAAGACGUGUUGUAGUUAAUAUGACUAGAGAUAGAAAAAUUCGCGAACAGCAUAAAGAUAAGAGAAGAGACUUCGAUAAGAAAAGAGAUGAAAAAAUCCGCCUUAAAGAGGAAGGGAAAAGAGAAGAAAUUCGAAGAGAUGACAGAUCUUCACGAAAAGUUAACGAAAGACAAAAAGAAAAUAUUAGAAAAGAUGAGUUUAGCAGUAGAAAAACAGAUGAUGAUCCACAGAGACGUAAGGAUUUAUUAAAAAGAGACGAGACACGAAAAAGGGAAUCAGAUAGACGAGAAGAAAAUCGAAAACGAGAGCAGCUUACUCGUCAUAGUUCAAAAACUUGUAAUAACGAGACCAAAAAUUUGGACAGCAAAAGUCGUGAGAGAUUAGGAAGUCGCGAACGUCAAGACAGUCGUGAUCGACACAGUUAUGAUCGACGCAGUCGUGAUAGACUAUCAAGCAGGGAGCCUCGCCGUCAUGCUAGUCGCGACAAGAGGGAUAGUAAAAGUAAAGAUCGAUAUGGGAAUAAAGAUCGUCAUGAUGAUAAUCGCGAUCGACGAGAAAUCCGCUAUCACGAUCAUCGAAUCGAAGUUCAGUCUCGCAGUACUGCGAGAAAAUCACGUAGUCCUACUCGAACUAGAUUAGAAAGAGAACGAAAUGAUCGAUAUAAAAGAUCCAGAUCGCCUUCUAGAAGUCGCAGAAAUCGAGACAAGCAACAAGUCAGGGACCAUAUUAGAGAUCGUGAGAAAGAUAGAGACAGAAAUAAUAAACGAGAACGCAAUGAUAAAUACAAAGAUUCUUUAUCGGAAGGUCUUAAAAUAGAACAUUCAGAUAGUUCGAGCGAAGAGGAUAUCAAAGAUAUUGAUAUUGAGGAAGAAGAAGAUGAGGAAGUGAUUAUAGAACGUCGACGAAAACAAAGAGAAGAAUUGCUCAAAAGACUGAGUGGACCAAAUGAAGAUUCUAACAUGUCUGCUGAUAUACAUGUCGUUGGUUCUCCAGAAAGUCAAUCUAAUAUAUCACAAAAAUCUAUGGGGAUACCAUCCAAUAAUAAUGAAUCCAUUUUGGAGAGCCACACUCCACCACUGCCUAUAGAAAAAUUAGAAUCUCCACCUCCAGCUAAAAAAAGAAAGUCUAGAUUCGAGGAUGUACCAUCCAAUGAAUCAAACAAAACUGGGAAUAUUAAAAUAUCUGAAAGAUUUAAACAGGAAGAAAAGCAAACUUCCAAAAAAUCCAAUGAAUGGGACAUGUUUGCAGAAGCAGAUAAUAUUGGUGAUUUUAAUAGCCCUACACUUGAGGGAAAACGUCAAGGAGGACCAGAUAAUCCUAGUUUGACGGAUAAUUGGGACGACGCCGAAGGAUAUUAUCGAGUACGUGUUGGAGAAACAUUAGAUGCACGAUAUGUAGUUUACGGAUAUACAGGACAAGGAGUGUUCAGUAAUGUUGUAAGAGCAAGAGACAGUGCUAGAGGAAACUUGGACGUAGCUGUAAAGAUUAUAAGAAACAAUGAAAUAAUGCAUAGAACUGGCUUGAAAGAAUUAGAAAUUCUCCGAAAAUUGAAUGACGCCGAUCCAGAAGAUAGAUUUCACUGUUUGCGUCUAUUUAGGCAUUUCUUUCACAAAAAUCAUUUAUGUAUGGUUUUUGAACCUUUAGCUAUGAAUUUAAGAGAGGUAUGUAAAAAUAAUGGCAAAGAUGUUGGUUUACAUGUUAAAGCGGUAAGAUCGUAUACGCAGCAACUUUUUCUAGCACUAAAGUUAUUAAAACGUGCGAAUAUUCUGCAUGCUGACAUCAAACCAGAUAAUAUUCUAGUCAGUGAAAGCAAACUAGUGCUGAAACUUUGUGAUUUCGGUUCUGCAUCACACGCUCAUGAAAAUGAAAUAACACCAUAUUUAGUUUCGAGAUUUUAUCGUGCGCCCGAAAUAAUUCUUGGUAUACCAUAUGAUUUUGGUAUUGACAUGUGGUCCGUGGGAUGUACCAUAUACGAAUUGUACACGGGAAAAAUAAUGUUCUCGGGAAAAACGAAUAAUCAAAUGUUAAAGUACUUCAUGGAUCUUAAAGGCAAAAUGCCAAACAAGCUAAUUAGGAAAGGCACGUUCAAAGAUCAACAUUUUGACAGUAAUUGCAACUUCCUGUAUCAUGAAGUUGAUAAAGUUACGGAACGGGAAAAAGUCGUCGUAAUGUCGACGUUACCAGCGGCUCGAGAUCUCGGUGUAGAACUCGGUGGAAAUUCUUUACCACCAGAACAGAAUCGCAAAGUUGGACAACUAAAGGAUUUACUCGAACGAACAUUAAUGUUGGACGCAGGGAAGAGAAUCACUGUGAAUCAUGCUCUGGCGCAUCCCUUUAUACAAGAAAAAAUAUAGAUGCGUCUUCAAUUCAAAUCAUCGUUAAGUGCGGCCGGACCUUUCAAGGGCCCUUAGCGCCGAUCCCGUUACAAGCCCUCCCUGUGAGGAGGGGAGGCAAUGGAAGAGAUGAUGAAAACGAUUGAUGAGGAGGAAGGAAAAAUAUACUUGUGCCUACGUCGUGUCUGCCGCAUAAAAAUACAUGCACUAUCGCUAAACAAUUCAACAAGGUUUAUACAACGGUUUAACUAGAUUUAUAUCCGCGCACUAAGGUUUCUCUUAAAGUUACUUGAGAUCACAAUCGAGGAUUCGUAAGUAUGUACACAGGUAAAGUACAUGAUUGUGAAAAUUUCAAGCGAUAUUAUUACAAACGUAAACGAUAUAUUCGUAUCUUUUUCUCUCAUAAAAUCGUUUGUUACAAACUAAAUUGUUAAAAUUAAAGUAGUAAAUAAGUG